AGAAAAUAAGGUGUAUCUAUAAACAUGAGGCGUUGUGAUUGGCUGAGCUUGAUGAUGUCACCUGUCAUUCAAAACGGCAGCCCGCCCGCAGGAGUCUCAGCUCUGUGAUUGGUCCAUCCUGAGCAGCGCUGAGUAAAGUAACAGCUGUCAGCAGCGGCUCCGCAUCAGUCUGAACAAUGAUGUGCGUCUCAAUAACGACGCAGUCGGACAGACAGACGCGUUUAAACCGAUUUGGGAGGAAAGAGUGACGAGUUAAAGUAAGAAUGACGUGUUAUUUAGAUCCAUCGUGUCAGAAGAACAGCUCUCCAACGCUGUCAAUGCAGCUGCGCGCAGCACUCAGUGCGCAUGCGCGUUAUCCUUUGAGUUCUUAAUAUUUAAUGUCAAUGGCUGACUCUGAUUUCUAAAGCAUCUCCUAAAAUUGUGAAAGAAGAUUUUACACGUUUUCUGAACAUCGAGGUGAACGUCAAUCUCUUGUGUUUUAUUCGAUGAGCUUCGGUCAGAAUUCAUCUGUAGCACCAAAAUGGGACUAAAAUGUCACGUUUAACCCUUUCCGCUCCAGUGUCGACAUUAAAGCGAGAAGAUGAUGCGCCAGGUGUCCAGCAGCAGCGAUUACUGCGUCGACAGCAGGCCGUCGUGUUUAGCCGAGGACGGGAGACUCUCGCCGAGCCACUUUGAUUUGUGCCCCACCAAGUUCUAUCAGUCCUUCCCUCCUCAGCGCUCACGGCAGAUGUGCUUCGCUUACCUGCCGCCUCCAGCCGCCGCCGUCCUCAAACCCACACCGUGCCAGAGGCAGGACUGCCACGAGGAGCCGCCGCUGUCCCCGGGGCCCGCGGUUGCUCAGGGCAAUGACAAGAGUGGGGACUCCAAGAAGAAGAGUGCGUCAGGGAGGUCUGGUAAACGCGGGCGUCCGGCGGGCACCACCAAAUCAGCCGGAUACAGAACCAGCACAGGCAGACCUCUGGGCACCACCAAGGCCGCCGGCUUCAAGACCAGUCCGGGGCGGCCGCUGGGCACCACCAAAGCUGCGGGGUAUAAAGUGAGUCCCGGUCGCCCGCCGGGGAGCAUCAGGAGCCAGUCCCGCCUGAGCAAACUGAGCUACAGCGCCUGCAGCGGAGCCGCGUUUCCCUACAGCAUCAUGUACAAACCUGGAGCCUGUGACGCUGCGCUGAAGGAGGAGACGACCGCAGAAACGCAAAAAAUGCUGUUACAAGCCCCGCAGUUCCUCCUCAGCGGCUUCCCCGUACGAAACCAAAAAACCCCUCCGCCGAUCAGUGUCAUGCCAUCGGAGGCCUUUUCCCCAGCGGCCGUGUGUCUAGACGGCGGUCAGUCGAGAAACGCUCUGCCGGUACCCAUCCACAGCGCUCUGCCAUCAUACUCCUGAACUCCUGCACGCGUCUGUCACACACACACACACGUGAUCUCUGUCACACACAUGAUCUCUGUCACACAAACAAACAUAAUCUGUCACACACGUGAUCUCUGUCACACAUGAUCUCUGUCACACACACACACACACACACACACGUGAUCUCCGUCACACACAUGAUCUCCAUCACACAAGCGACCUCUGUCACACACACACACACACACACACAUGAUCUCUGUCACACACACACACACACACAAGUGAUCUCCGUCACACACAUGAUCUCCAUCACACACACAUGUGCUCUCUGUCACACACACACACACGUGAUCUCCGUCACACACAUGAUCUCCAUCACACACACAUGUGCUCUCUGUCACACACACACACACGUGAUCUCCGUCACACACAUGAUCUCCAUCACACACACAUGUGCUCUCUGUCACACACACACACACGUGAUCUCCGUCACACACAUGAUCUCCAUCACA